AUGUUUGUACUAUCCAUUCUAACGGAUAUUGUGCGAGUCUUGCCCAAAGACUUUUACAAAGGCCAAGAGGAUGCGAUUGUUGAUGAGCUCAAUUUUAAAUAUGCAAACAAAGUGCUGCAUAAUGUUGGGUUGUGUAUUUCUGUCUAUGACCUGACCAAGGCUAGUGAUCCUGUUGUUCAUGCUUGUCAGGAUGGUUCCUAUCAAUGCCAAGUCGAGUUUAGAAUGAUUGUGUUUCGACCCUUCAAGGGAGAGAUUCUGGAGGGUAAGAUCAAGGAUUGCUCGCCAACAGCUGGAGUUCGAAUUACAAUGAACUUUUUCGACGAUAUUAUUAUCCCGCCCUCAUUUCUCAUGCCUGGAAGUGAAUAUGAUACAAAUGAAGGACUUUGGGUAUGGAAAUACGAUGAAAAUGAUCUGUUUAUGGACAGAGAAGAGCCUAUCCGGUUUCGCGUAGAAAAUGAAGCAUUUGUGGACGUUGGUCCAGUGAAAGAGAUCAAGAGUGGGCAGAUUGGAAACAAGACUAUAACUCCAGCAUCAGGAGGUGCUGGAACAGACGAACCACAUCGCGAUCCGCCUUAUACUAUUGUGGGUUCUAUUUCAGAAUCGGCACUUGGACUCAAGUCUUGGUGGGAUGGACAAUAA